GUCUAACAGGAAUAGACCGAAGAGGAUACGUGUGUGUGAGAUUCAGUCCAAGGAAGAAGGAUUAUAUCUGAAAUCCCAGAACGACGGGUGAGGUUAACCUGAGGGUUGAGAUAUGAGGGGAAAGCGUAUGAAAUCCCGUUUGUCUCUGAUAAUCACCUUCCUCUGCUUUGGGAGUCUGCUCACCUCUUUCAUCUGGUCCAACAAUACUGUGGAACUUCACCAACUACCACUUCAGAAGAAAGACAUCCUUCAGCCCUCUGAGCUUUGUCAAGGCUGCAGGGAAGUCGUUGACAAAGUAACAGAGAGUAACUCUGAAAUCUCAAAUUUGCAAGAGGAUAAACCUACACGAAUCAGUCGUCACCUCAGUAAUGUGGAACCCCAGCACUCUGAAUCAUGUAAAGGCUGCAGGGAGGCCAUCGACAAAGCAGUGGAACCUAAGGAAGAAGAUGAUUCCCAAAAAAUCAGGGAGGUAAUUGAAAAAGGGACAGAGAGUAACUCUGAAAUCUCAAAGACCAAAGAGGACAACCCCCCAGAAAUCAGGGAGGUCAUCGACAAAGCAGUGGAACCUAAGCAAGAAGACGAUUCCCAAAAAAUCAGAGAGGUCAAUGAAAAAGGGACGGAGGGGAACUCUGAAAUCUUGAAGAAGCAAGAGGACAAACCCAGAAGAAUCAGGAGGCGCAUCAAAAAAGUAGUGCGUCGCGUUCAAAACUCAAAGAAGCAAGAGGACAAUCCCCCCAAAAUCAGGGAGGUCAUCGAUGAAACAGUGGAACAUAAGCAAGAUGACAAUUCCCUAAAAAUCAGAGAGGUAAUUGAAAAAGGGGCAGAGAGUGACUCUGAAAUCUCAAAGACCAAAGAGGACAAACCCCCAGAAAUCAGAGAGGUCGUCGACAAAGCAGUGGAACCUAAGCAAGAAGAUGAUUCCCAAAAAAUCAGGGAGGUAAUUGAAAAGGGGACAGAGAGUAACUCUGAAAUCUCAAAGACCCAAGAGGACAAACCCAGAAGAAUCAGGAGGAUCAUCAAAAAAGUAGUAGUACGUCACGUUCAAAAUUCAAAGAAACAAGAGGACAAUCCGCAACAAAUCAGGGAGGAAAAUAACAAAGUAGAAGACCUUCACCCUCAAAACAUGAACACGAAAGAGGACGAUUCCCAAAAGAUAAGGGGGGUCAUCGACAAAGCAGUAGAACGUUACUCUCAAACCUGGAAGAAGCAGGAGGACAAUUGCCAGAAACUCAGAUUUCACCUGACCAGCAAGUGCAAUGGAUUGGACAGGGCUGUAGUUACCCAGAACAGCACUCCAGUGGAUUCAGAGAUCUCUUACAAUGGUUUGAAGAAGACUCUGAAGGUGACUCCAGAGCUCUUCAGCACCUUUAUAAAGGAGCAUCCUUUCUCCAAUAAAACAUUGGACACUUGUGCCGUUGUUGGGAACGGUGGGAUCCUGAUCAACAGCAGCUGUGGAGAAACGAUUGACUCAGCUCAGUUUGUCAUCAGGUGCAACCUCGCUCCGUUGGGAAAUGGAUAUGAGAAACAUGUUGGCAUCAAGACUGACCUUGUGACGGCAAACCCGAGUAUCUUCGUAGAAAGGUACGAGGCUCUGAAUGGACGCCGCCGUCCAUUUGUGGAGGAUCUACGUAGCUAUGGAAACUCCCUGCUUCUUCUUCCUGCCUUUUCCUAUAGCUCCAAGACUAUUUUAUCUGUGCGGGCCAUUUACACCAUCGAGGACUUUGAGAGUCCCAUCCGACCAGUCUAUUUAAAUCCAGAGUAUGUUGAAAGUCUGCUCCUGUUCUGGCGCUCUCAGGGCCUGAGAGAAACGAGACUCAGCACCGGCCUCACCAUGGUCAGUCUGGCUCUGGAGCUCUGCAACAACGUUCAUCUGUACGGAUUCUGGCCCUUCAGUCACCACCCACAUGACCGCCACAACCUGACUAACCACUACUACGACGACAUAAAACCUAAAGUAUUCCACGCUAUGCCGGCUGAGUUUGACCUCCUGAUGAGGUUGCACAGUCAGGGCGUCCUCAGACUUCACCUGGGAGACUGUCCAACAGGUGGAAAGUAGUUCCCAGGGACAAACAACAGCACAACAGCAAAGUACCUUCUUUUAGCCUCAGGAUGAAACCAGUCACUCAGAUAUUUCAAAUGACUGAACUGAUUUAUUUCAGCUGAUAGGAAAGAUUGAGUUUGUCCUCCUGGUUACCUAUCAUCAGCCAAGACGUUUACACAGAAACCUAAAUUCAAUAAUUAGAAGACUAUGAGCAGCAUUGCAGUGUAUCUACAACUCUGUUUAUUACCACAAAUGUUCCAGUUGAGGGUUGUAUUUAACCUGGUGGAUCACCAUGGUAACUAGUGCUUCAGAGGUGAACUGAUUCGGAGCAGGUUAUGUAUAAAAUUUCAAAUUUAAAUUGGCUGGAAAUGUCUCCUCCUUACUGAUAAUUCUCUAUGAGUGUUACAGAUCCUCGUCUGUGAGAAUAUGUUACAUCUCUAAAUCUGUCUGUAACUAAAACCACUGAAGGAAGCCGUACAGUUACAGUAUCACACCCUGCAACCCACAGGACCCACAGAAUUCACUGCCACCAUCCCAGUGCCACAGGAUAUCCCCAGAGGUCCUGUGUCCAUGCUCCACUGGCUCAGAGGACUUUUAGCAGCAUAAAGUCUGUCUGAAGUCACCACCUGUAUCAGGGCUCUCUGACAUAAGUUUUGUAUUUUUUGCUGAGAAGAAGUCUUUGCGGGAGAGGAUGCUUGCGCUGUCUGUUGCCGCUUCUCCAGUUAAAAUGCUAAAAGUGACAGUCACAGUUCUACUCCAACAUCAUCAACAACAGUCAUGGAAACUCCAAGCAACUCUCCUCUACAAUAAACUACCUCCUUAAACCUCAGUUUCAAUCACUCACAGAAACACAGAAGAACAGUGUAACAAAUUUCUUGCGUUUUUCAAAACCAAAAUCAACACCAUCCAUUCCCUUCGCUCCAGCUCUCUUGCCCCUCCUGCCCUGCCUGCCAGCCCCCAGCCAGGGACCUCUUACCCUCUUCACUGUUUCUCUGAGGUUUCACAGCAUGAAGUGAGGACAUCAUCAAGAAAAUGAAAUCAUCCACCUGCGCACUGGACCCCUUUCCAACAUCCCUGAUAAAAUCAAAUCUCUCUGCCAUAAGUCCUCUUAUUACAAAAACAAUAAACCACUGCCUCCAGUCCGGCCAUGUUCCAUCUGAGCUUAAAACUGCUAUCAUUGAACCACUUCUCAGAAAAUCCACCCUGGACCCAGAAGCCCUGACCAGCUACAGGCCCGUUCCCAAUCUCCUGUUCCUUUCAAAGGUAAUGGAAAAAGUUGUUGCUGCCCAACUUCAGGACCAUUUACAUCAACACAAACUCUUUGAAAAAAAUUCAGUCAGGUUUCCGCUCUGAGCUCUUUUGUUAUUUUAUCUGAUUGCUCUGUUCUUAUUACAUGAUUGUUUUGUUUUUAUCUGUUUUAUAUCUUAAAUGUAGCACUUAGAGAUUUUGCCUAAAAGAAAAGUGCACUACAAAUAAAAUGUAUUAUUAUUAUUAUUAUUAUCAUAAAGGAGACCAACACAAUAUUAGGCAGGUGGUCAUAAUGUUAUGCCUGAUCAGUGUAUAUUAAGACAUGAUUAUCAGUUUCAUAUCAGCAUUCCUAUGUUGCACCAUUUGCAGUGGCAGUGAUUUAUACUGUCAUAAAUUUUUAUAUUCCUCAUUGUUCAUUAACAACCUGAUGACUGAAGUAGGCAGGAAACCUUUGGUACAUUUUGUUCAGAAGACUCACAUGACACAUUAAAGGCUGCCUUUAUGUGAAAGUGCAAAGAGUCUGAAGCAGAAAGCCUGAGUUAACAACGAAAGUUGAGAACCACCUUCUGAGCUCUGUUAUCUCUUACUGGGGUUGUAGUUUUAGUUGGUUCAACUUCCACAAAGAAAGCCCAGCUUUCUAACUUGCUUCAUAGUCCAGCACUCUGGAGUCUGGAGGGAAUUAUUUAGAUUUUACUGGGAUGCCUUUGUGAGGAUCUACGUCGUAGUGCCUUCAUUUCAAGGAAAGCUAACUUUAAGUUUUAAUGUGUCGAUCUUAAGCAGUUGCUUUAACAAGACAUAAAAAGUAAAACUCAAUUUGACAUUAGACUAUUUAAUAAAAACACCAGCACACUGAAUGUUACAACACAUUCAACACAUUCAUACACUUUAAGAAACCCUCUGGGGGGUGAAUUUUUGCUAUCUAAGUCACAUAGUUGAUUGCACAGGGGAAACUUCUGUACUGCCACAUAGUGGCAACAUGCAUGUAUUGGUACAAUGUUAGUUUGGAAACAAGUGUUUUGUAAGUUAAUGCUAAAUUAAUGCAGACUUAACUCUAUUGUAAAUACAUUGAACUGUGCACUUUGGAUGAACAUUAAAGCACGUUUUUAAACAUUU